CUAGGACUCGGACCUCUCUUACCUGAGUAGAAGGAACGUCCAUCUUUGGCGGCGAUCUGCCUUUGAAUCUGCCCAGGAAACUAGUACGUACACGCAUGAGCUAUAAUGGCACGGCAUCCAAGUAUGAUUCCGGGUUACAAUCAUAUUAAUAUCAGUGACCAGGGACAACAAAGCAUUUCCCCCCUCAAAUCCGAUCUCGACUGGCGUGUUCGUGCAGAUGAUAGACUUCAAACUACUACUAAACCAAAUCAACCCGUUCUCGUCUCGUCACGAGACGAGCGGCAAUCAUGAUCAAGAGGAAUUCAAGCUUCCAAACUUGCCGUCUCUGGUCAUCAUGAUUUCAAUGAAUCUGCUUCUUCAAGUCUCGUUUUUCAUCGUCGUUUCAUCCUCAAACAAAUAUGCAGAGUACUUAGGAGGAAAUGCCACUUUCUCUGGAAUUGUCAUCGGCAUUCCGACGGCUUUUUCUGGACUUUCUUUGAUUCCCUUGACAAAGUACGAUAGAGGGAUGUACAGAAUGCCACUUCAUGUCAGUUGCUGCUUCGCCAUUCUAGGUCACAUCGCCUAUGCUCUGGCUUACCGGUCCAACUUCUUAUAUUUGAUUCUAAUCGGCCGUUGCCUCAACGGAGUUGCAUUCUCCAUGUUCAUGUACUGCAAACGGUAUUGCACGGACCCUCGAAUCGUUGGCAUCAGACGGAGAACGACGCUCGCUAGCUGGUUGGUCAUCUGUCAAGGCAUGGGCAUGACCCUUGGCCCAUUCCUUGGUGGCGUGAUGUACAACAUCGGGUUCUCAAACCCAAUUUUCAACGGUUAUACUAGCCUGGGAUGGAUCAUGGCUGGGAUUUACGCUGGCUUCUGGGUUUUGGUCGCAAAAUAUUUUGAGGACAUCCCUCAACCACCAACCAUUAUAGAAUCGCAGUCAGCAAGCGAUUCGAAUGCUCUCAUCCUUUCUUCAGACGUGAAAGGUGGAGACAGAGAAGCUUCUUCAGGUUAUCGAUCAGCGUCUGCCACACGCCCUGCCUCGCCCGUUGACGAAUCUUUCAGAGCACAGCUCUCGCUGAUCACAUUGUCCCAGUGGGGUGUCAUUGCAUGCAUGUGCUGGUUCGCGAUGCUCUGUUUCUUCAUCCUAGGCUCUUGGGAAGCCAAUUUGCCUGUGUUUGGUGCCGCUGCUGAAAACUUUCACUGGUCUCCAUUUGCUGCAGGAAAUUUCAUCGCUCUCGGCGGAAUAACAUGUUUCCCUUUCCUCCUCUUCAACCUCCUAGCUGCACGUCGCACACAAGAUCGAAAACUCCUCGCAUUCGGUACGGUUCUCGGCCUUGCAGGGCUUAUCAUCUUUAUUUCCAUCCUUCGUACCGGCAAGGUCAAUUACGGCUCACUAUUUGCAUGUUGGUGGAGCGUGGCGCUCGGUUUUAACCUUGCAACCACCGUGACCCUGAGUCUCCUCAGCAAGCAGCUCCCACCUGAGUGGAACGGGCGCACUUCAAUGGCAAUUCAAUACAGCAAUUAUACUGGUCGUGUUACCGGUGCAAUCUGGGGUGGUUCGGGUGUUUCAGUGGGGAUGUUGAACUUUGUGGGAUUGGAGAUUGCUAUGGUCGGUAUUGGAGCUGUUUUGUUUACCACAUUGUGGAGGGAUCUGAAGACGAAGACGGGAUGACAUACCUGUAUGGAAAGCGGGAGUGAUCAGGUCAACGACAGUGAUCAGCUUGACUAAAACGGCAAGUGUUUGGUCCAGCCCCCCAAUCAGUCAUCAGGAAAACCCUCCCCUGGGUAAUUACUCUAAACUAUGAUAAAUCUCGAUAAUCCUCAAGUAUUAUCUCAAAUUAUGGGCUUUAGAAUGAUUAGUUUGUUUAGAAAGACUUUUUUACUCCCUUUUUUAAAAAGGAUAAUUAUCAUGAAUUUGAAGCCAAUAUCAUGAAUUUCAGAUAAUAUAUUUCAAUUGUUG